UCCCCAGAGUCCCAGACGACCCCAGACCUUUUCUUCUUCUGUUUGUUCUACUGAGAAUCCCCAAACAACCGAACUCAGUACUCAAACAACCAAACUCAAUACUUCCAGUCUUUGAUUCGAGUCCGACGUCAUCGACUCUUUUAGUUUUCCAUAUCUGCUCUUCUGCAACUCAGCCUUGGAUUGAUCAUUGAUGUAUCUUAAAGUUGUGAAAGAUUAAAGAUGGAGAGAUUCUUUAAACGAACAUCAAAUGAGUUAUCAUCACCCCUCAUAGAGAGUGAAAGAUCAAAACAGAGUCGGGUAGAAAUUGAUUUGGCUAAUCUUCCUUCUGAUCCUGGAGAAAGAACUAAAAUUUCAGAUUAUCAUCCCAAUCUUAGGGAUCAAAUUAGAAGAGAGUAUCCGCUAAGAGGUCCUUGUCAGCCUAGAAAUCAUCAGUUUGUCCAAACACAGGGCGGAGAAGGGAAACGAAGGUUUGUCUCUGAUUGGUUUAAUGACUUCCCUAAUUGGUUAGAAUAUAGAGUAGCCAAAGAUGCUGCAUUUUGUUUGUGCUGCUAUCUGUUCAAAUCAAAUGUUGGUGAGCAAGGAGGAGGUGAUUGUUUUACUGGUAUUGGUUUUCAAAAUUGGAAGAAAAAAGAAAGAUUGCAUGAUCAAAACCUGCCCCCAGUGAUAUAUAUUCCUGCGUCCGCCACUGGGAACAAUCAUAAAAGUGGGGUGGGGGUAAUCAUCAAGAAUCACAGAGGAUUCUCGGUGGCUGUGGCUAGUCUACAUGGCAACCACAACUCUGCCAUUGAAGCUGAAGCUCAAGCAGUUGUCAAAGGAUUCCAACUAGCUGCCCAUUUGAAGAUCCAGAAUAUCAUCCUUGAAAGUGAUUGCCAAGAUGUUAUCCGUGCUUUGGACAAUCUGAUGUUCUGCCCAAACUGGAGAAUUUCUCUAAUGAUCAACAGAGUGAAUCAUCUAAAGCCUUUGUUCAACGGGAUUAAGUGGAAUUGGAUCCCUCGUGAAGUAAACCUGUUGCGGAUGCACAGUGGCGAAGCUAGCUAAGUUGAAGUUGUGCUCUCAAGAUUGGGCCAACAGGCCUCCAACCUCACUCACCUCUCUGCCCUCUAUCUUGACUCUUGAGAAAUGAUGGACUGCCAGAUCCUCCUUCAUCAAGCUUUUGAACCAGCUUUCUGAUCCUUUUAUUGCUUUCUUUCCCUUUCUGUUGUUUCAGUAUUAGUUUUUUUUUUUUUGAGGGAAAGGAGGUCAGGUUUUAUUGAAUAAAGAUGUCUAAAAAUUACACAACUUCAGCUGCUAAUGCAGCUUGUAAAAAAGAAGGGGAAGAAAAAUAAAAAGUCUCCACAGGGAGAGUCCUAGUAUGAGCAGCCAUCAGAUGUGCCACCCUAUUUGCACUUCUCUUUGUAUGAACUACGCGCAGGUUUGCAUAAGCAUCCAAAAUGUACUCCAUAUCAUCAUAAACACGUCCCAAGAUGGACAAGUUACUCCCCUCUCGGCUAAGCAAUUGUCGAUACACCAAUUGCGAAUCAGUCUCCACAAUAGCUGGCAAAUAAUGAUUUGUAACUACAAACUCAA